UUCUGCCUCCCUGAGACGACACACACACACACACACGGACGAUAAGAUUCACCUGAAGACUAAACCACGACUUUCUCUGAGAGAGGACAGCUACAGGAGGGAGUACUGGGAGUACUACGAGUACUACGAGUACUGGGAAUACUACUACUUCAACCAGCUGCUGAAUCCACAAACUGAACGAGAGAUUUCACGGAAACCAAGACUCAAAGUGAACAGAAAAUGGCUUCCAGAUUAGAGGAAGAUCUCUGCUGUCCUGUCUGCCAUGAAGUCUUUAAAGAUCCUGUCGUUCUGUCGUGCAGCCACAGCUUCUGUAAAGACUGUCUGCAGAGCUGGUGGACAGAGAAACCAGUCAAGGAGUGUCCAGUUUGUAAAAUAUCUCCAAAGUCAGAGCCAGCUUGUAGCCUGGUGUUGAAGAACCUGUGUGAGGCAUUUUUACAGGAGAGAGAUCAGAGAGCUUCAGAGGCUCUCUGCAGUCUGCACUCUGAGAAACUCAAACUCUUCUGUCUGGACCAUCAGCAGCCCGUGUGUGUCAUCUGUCUGUAUUCAGAAGAACACUCCAACCACAGAUUCAAACCCAUCAAUGAAGCUGCACGACAGCACAGGAAGGACCUUCAGGAAACUGUGGAGUCAUUAAAGGAGAAGUUAGAGGUUUUUGAAGAAGUUAAAGUGAAGUGUGAUCAAACAGCUAAACACCUGAAGGUCCAGGCUCGACGCACAGAGACGCAGAUUAAGGAUCAGUUUAAGAAGCUUCACCAGUUUCUAGAAGAGGAAGAGGAGGCCAGGAUGGCUGCACUGAGGGAGGAAGAGGAGCAGAAGAGUCAGAGGAUGAAGGAGAAGAUGGAGGCUCUGAGCAGAGAGAUAGCAGCUCUUUCAGACACAGUCAGAGCCACAGAGGAGCAGCUGAGAGCUGAAGACGUCUCAUUCCUGAUCAACUACAAGGCUGCAGUGGAAAGAGUCCAGCAGCGCCCCCUGCUGGAUGAUCUACAGCUGCUCUCAGGAGCUCUGAUAGACGAGGCCAAACACCUGGGCAACCUGAGCUUCAACAUCUGGAACAAGAUGAAGGACAUGGUCUCCUACUCUCCUCUGGUUCUGGACCCAAACACUGCUCAUCCAAGACUCAUCCUGUCUGAAGAUCUGACCAGUGUGAGAUGGGGAGAGUAUCAGCAGCUUCCUGAUAAUCCAGAGAGGAUGGAUGACCCUUACUACUACUACUACUGUGUCCUGGGCUCUGAGAGCUUUAACUCAGGGACUCACAGCUGGGAUGUCGAGGUUGGAGGCAGUAUAGAGUGGUCACUGGGUGUGAUAGCAGAGUCUGUCCAGAGGAAGGAAGACUCAGUGUCUGGAUCAUGGAGACUGGAUUUCUGUGAUGAUAAAUACUCAGCACGGUCUCCAUCAGAUCCAAACACUGUUCUCCCAUUUAAGAAGCAGCUCCAGAGGAUCAGAGUGACUCUGGACUGGAACAGAAGAAAGCUGUCGUUCUCUGAUCCUGAUACUAACACACACAUACACACCUUCACACACACUUUCACUGAGAAGAUGUUUCCAUACUUUGGCACUUGUGAUGAACUCGUGAUUUCACCAGUGAAGGUCUGUGUGACUGUAGAGCAACAUAAAUAGAUGAUGAACAUCUAUCAGUGUAUUUGAAGACGUGAUAAAGUCUUUAAGGAACAUGUUGUUCUGAUGAUGAUGUUGAUCUAAGAGGGUGAAUUAGUGAAGGUGUGAUCCCGGACAAGACCCCAAUAUGUUAUGACCGGCUGCAACAAAGAAGGAAGAUGCACCGCAAACUUAAUGUUAACAAACGGACAUUUAUUUAAGACACUGGGGUGUGAAAGUCAUCAAUAAAUUCAGCAAUUCAUUCUCCAAAUCCA